AUAAAAUUCAAUCAUGCUUAACAAAGUUACAAAAAAUAUCGAAAUAAAUUUUGAAAAUUUAGUUUAUGACCUUGACAAAGAAAUUGUAGCUCAAAAGGUCUAAGUGUAGUAUCUGUUAACCAUAUCCGUUGCUCAGUGGAAAGGUUUAAAGCCACUAACUCUAGCAGACUUUCCUUAGUGUGAGACCGAAUUAACACUAAUCAACAUGGAUAGUUUCCUGGAAGUGCAGAAGAGCACCAUCGCCUGGCUUGGAUUUGAUUUGUUCAGUGAAAACCGUGAGAUGUGGAAGCGUCCCUAUAGAGCCUUGAAUGUAUUUGGCAUAGCUACCAUUUUUCCCUUCAUUCUGGCUGCUGUGCUGCACAAUUGGAAGCAUGUGAUGCUUCUGGCGGAUGCCAUGGUGGCUCUAUUAAUUACCAUUCUGGGACUAUUCAAGUUCAGCAUGAUACUCUACUUGCGAAGGGAUUUCAAGCGAUUGAUUGACAAGUUUCGUUUGCUGAUGGCAACUGAAUCGGAACAGGGCGAGGAGUAUGCUGAGAUUCUCAAUGCAGCUAACAAACAGGAUCAACGUUUGUGCACUUUGUUCAGGACCUGUUUUAUUCUGGCCUGGUUACUGAACAGCGUGCUGCCCUUUGUGAGAAUGGGUCUUAGUUAUUGGCUGGCAGGACAUGCUGAACCAGAGCUGCCUUUUCCCUGUCUUUUUCCAUGGGACAUCCACAUCAGGCGCAACUAUGUUUUGAUUAUUUGGAGUGCUUUUGCCUCGACUGGUGUGGUUUUACCUGCCGUCAGUUUGGAUACCAUAUUCUGCUCGUUUACCAGCAAUCUGUGCGCAUUCUUCAAGAUUGCACAGUACAAGGUCAUAAGAUUUAAAGGCAAAAAUCUGAAGGAAUCACAGGCCACUCUCAACAAGGUUUUUGCCUUGUACCAAACGAGUUUGGAUAUGUGCACCGACUUAAAUCUGUGCUAUCAACCCAUAAUUUGCGCCCAAUUUUUCAUCUCUUCACUGCAACUUUGCAUGCUGGGCUACCUAUUUUCCAUAACCUUUGCCCAAACAGAGGGCGUGUAUUACGCCUCUUUCAUAGCCACCAUUAUUAUACAGGCCUACAUCUAUUGCUAUUGUGGCGAGAAUCUAAAGACCGAGAGUGCCAACUUUGAGUUUGCCAUCUACGACAGUCCCUGGCACGAAAGUUUGGGAUCUGGCGGAGCCUCGACUUCUAUCUGCCGAUCCCUGCUGAUCAGCAUGAUGCGGGCGCAUCAUGGAUUUCGCAUCACCGGCUACUUUUUCGAGGCCAACAUGGAGGCUUUCUCAUCGAUUGUCCGCACAGCCAUGUCGUACAUUACCAUGCUCAAGUCCUUCUCCUAAAAAGGUUUAAAUCAGAACGCAUUGGAUUGAUUUUUGUGCAAUUUUCGUUUUAUUGCUGAGCUUGCGUUGCUGUACGACAUUUAACAAUCGAAUUUACAUA